GCCCCUCUUGAGCGAGCGGCGGCGGCGGCGGCUGGAAUGGGGCUGGCGCUACGGAGGGACCGCUGAGGAGGCUGAGAGUAGCCGGGGUCGCUUCCUUAACAGUGUGCGGUGGGCUGCGGCGGGGGACAAACGCACCAUGCGGCGGGGCUAGAGCCGUAGGCUCCCACCGCGAGUAAUGAUGUUAACUGAGACCAAUCUUUCCAUAUGGGGAUGGGGAAGCCUUGUUAUUCUGCUUUUUCUAAUUACAUUUGGACCGUUUGCUAUAUUUUACUUUGCAUUUUAUAUCCUCUGCUUUAUGGGUGGGGGUUUUGUGGUAACACUCUUGUUUGGAAAAACUAAUUCAGAGAAGUACCUCGAACAGUGUGAACACUCCUUUCUUCCUCCAACUUCAUUUGGCAUUAAUAAGUGUAUAGAAGAAAUGAAAGAGGAAAGCAAGCCCAUUAAGAUUGAUAGGAGGUUAACCGGUGCCUAUAUAAUUGAUGAACCUCUGCAGCAAAUCAUUCAAUUUUCCUUGCGUGACUAUGUCCAGUAUUGGUAUUAUACACUAAGUGAUGAUGAAUCUUUUCUUCUUGAAAUCAGGCAGACUCUCCAAAAUGCACUAAUUCAGUUUUCUUCUAGGACAAAAGAAAUAGAUUGGCAGCCUUAUUUUACUACUCGAAUUGUAGAUGAUUUUACUACUCAUCUUAGAGUAUUCAGAAAAGCUCAGCAAAGAAUAACUGAAAAAGAUGAUCAGAUUAAAGACGGAGCAGAAGAUCUUGUAGAUACAUUUUUUGAAGUUGAAGUUGAAAUGGAAGAGACCAUCUGUCGUGAUCUAGUCUGCACAUCUCCCAAAGAUGAAGAAGGAUUCCUAAGGGAUCUGUGUGAAGUUUUACUGUAUUUAUUGCUACCUCCUGGAGACUUCCAGAAUAAGAUCAUGAGAUAUUUUGUCAGGGAAAUCCUUUCUCAAGGAAUUCUUCUUCCAUUAAUAAAUCAGCUCAGUGAUCCUGAUUAUAUUAAUCAGCAUUUCAUAUGGAUGAUUCGUGAUUCAAUUUGCAAUUAUGAGGCCUUUAUGAACAUUGUUAAAGUAAGUGAUAAAGUAGGAGAGUUAGAAGCAGUAAGGGAUAAAGCCACAGAAGAACUGCAGUAUCUUCGGUCCUUGGAUACAGCUGGAGAUGAUAUUAACAAUAUAAAAAAUCAAAUAAAUAGCUUACUGUUUGUGAAGAAAGUAUGUGAUUCAAGAAUACUGAGGCUACAGUCAGGAAAAGAAAUAGAUACUGUGAAACUGGCUGCAAAUUUUGGAAAACUUUGCACAGUCCCUCUGGACAACAUUCUAGUAAACAAUGUUGCACUACAAUUUUUUAUGGAUUACAUGCAGCAGAUGGGAGGUCAGGCACAUCUUUUUUUCUGGAUAACAGUAGAAGGAUACAGGGUUACAGCUCAGAAACAGCUAGAAGUAUUGCUGAACCAUCUGAAAGAUGGAAUGCAUCAAACAACACAAACCAAAGGUCUGUUAAGAACAGCUGCAGUUGGAAUAUAUGAACAGUAUUUGUCAGAAAAGGCUUCUCCAAGAAUUAAUAUUGAUGAUACAUUGGUAGCAAAGCUGGAAGAAAAACUGAAUAAUGAGGACCCAACUCCUGAAAUUUUUGAUCAAAUUCAAAAAAAGGUAUAUGAAUUGAUGCUGCAGGACGAAAGAUUCUAUCCUUCAUUCAAACAGCAUGCACUUUAUGUACGAAUGCUUGCUGAGCUAGACAUGCUAAAGGAUCCUAGUUUCAGAGGAUCGGAUGAUGGUGAAGGAGAAUCGUUUAAUGGAUCUCCUACAGGCAGCAUUAAUUUGUCAUUGGAUGAUCUUUCAAAUGUGUCUGCUGAUGAGUCCAUACAGCUACAUGCGUGCAUUUCAGAUACUGUCUAUGCUGAUUAUGACCCAUAUACUAUGGCAGGAGUUUGUAACGACCAUGGGAGGACAUAUGCGUUAUAUACUAUAACUGUUCAACGUCGAACGGCAACUGCUAAUGAUGAAUGGAAAACAUAUCGCCGCUACAGUGAUUUCCAUGACUUCCAUAUGAGAAUCACUGAACAGUUUGAAAACCUAGGAAAUUUAUUGAAGCUUCCUGGUAAAAAAACAUUCAACAAUAUGGAUAGAGAUUUUUUAGAAAAAAGGAAGAAAGAUUUAAAUUCAUACUUACAGCUUUUGCUAACACCUGAAGUGAUGAAAGCUUAUCCAGCUUUAGCACACUAUGUAUAUGACUUCCUGGAAAACAAGGCAUACAAUAAAGAGAAGGGAGAUUUUGCUCGGAAGGUGGACACAUUUGUAAAUCCACUGCGUAACUCUAUGAGAAAUGUUUCAAAUGCUGUCAAGUCCUUCCCUGACAGCUUCACAGAGGGGAUGACAAAAAUGUCAGACAACAUGGGCAAAAUAUCAGAAAGAUUGGGACAAGAUAUAAAGCAAUCAUUUUUCAAGGAGCCUCCAUUAAUGCAGAAGACAUAUGUUGAUCCAAAACACUGCCGAGUUUCAGCACACGUAGAUGACAAUGUAGAAGACAAUGUACCUCUUAAAAUAAUGCUGCUACUCAUGGAUGAAAUAUUUGAUCUGAAGGAAAGAAAUCAGUGGCUACGGCGGAAUAUCAAAAACUUGCUUCAGCAACUUAUUAGAGCAAUGCAUGGAUAUACAAUAAAUAAAAAAAUAGUUGAUCAUGUUGAUUGGAUGACAUCUCCUGAACAAGUAGCAGAUGCAGUUAAACGGUUUAGAGAUGCCUUUUGGCCAAAUGGCAUUUUAGCUGAAACUGUUCCCCACAGAGAUAAUGCAAUCAGAAUGCGAACAAGAAUUGCUGCAAAAACAAAACUGCUGGGAGUAAUGCCUGAUGAGUUGAAGCAUAUCCUUGGUGCUGAGACAACAAGAAAGGGCAUUCUCCGAGUCUUUGAAAUGUUCCAGCAUACUCAGCUAAAUAAGAGGAUGGUGUAUGUUUUCCUGGAGGGCUUCUUGGAAACCUUAUUUUCAGAGUACGGAUUCCAUGAUCUCUUCAAAAAAUUGCAUUCACGCUCAAAGCAGAUGCAGCGAUAUAAACAUAAACUACAAUCUACACAAACACCUUCUUUACAGAAAAGGUGACACUCCAUACUAUAAAAUUGGUGUCCAUUAGCCCAAGACUUGGGCAUAUUCUCUGGGGCUUAAAACUCAUGCUGUUAUUCUCACACCAAUCUUUUAGAGUCAUAUAUUAGAUUAUUAAUACAUCCAUAAGAAAUGUGGUUCUACUCAUUUUUCAUCUCUAAUGCAACCACUAUCUUGAACUGAAUUCAUGUGUUUUAAAUGAUUUGGUGUAUCUUUGUGCAACAUUGAGAAGAAUACUAGUCUGCUCUGCGAGAAUAUCUGUCUCUUCUACUCCUUAUACAAUUUGAUUGCCAACAAUGAAAAAUGCUAUAUUGGGUCCACUGAGUAAAGUAAAGCACAAUUAUUGGGGUAGCAAUGGAGGACUUGACUGCUUUGCUUGGAACUGGGAGAUUGUGCAAUGUGAAAAUCAGGUGUGAUUUGAUUUGUAUUAUGACUAUCUCCAGAGUCCCUAGCUCUGAAGAAGUUGGGCUAGUAUGAUGUCUUUUGGAACAAACGGUUGUGAAAAAUGUUAUGCCCCCAAAUUAUAUUUCCAAACUAGGUGUGACAUGUGCAAAAACAUUAUGAACUUAUUAAAACAAAAACAAAAAAAACUUUGGUCAGGUUUACUAUUCAGUGGGGUAGGGUAGAAGAACAAAAAACAGACAUAGGUUUAAGGGUCUUGAUAUGUUCUUAAACUAUAAUCCUUGUAGGCUAUGUAUAAUUUUUAAAGGAGAAGGCUCAAAAUAACAUUUAAGAAAGGGAAGGGCUUAAAAUUAGAACAAAGGUUACCACAAUUAUUUACUUAUUAACAGUCUGGGAGACUGGGGGGAGAAGCAAACAAAAAUACUACACUCUUAACAUUAGGAUCUUCUUUAAAAAGAAUUGUAGUAUAUGACCUUUACAAAAAUUAGCAUGAUAUAUUGACCUCAGCUAGUAAAUUACUAAAAUGAGUUGUCUUUUACUGAUAUGAAAGUCUCUUGGACUUCCCUGAAUAGUCAUCUGCAAACAAUGGCAAGUUCCUGAAUGCACCAUAGUGUAUAUAUGAAAAAAAUAAGCAUGACUAUAAUAGUUUUUAAUAAAUUUUUUAUUUUUUUUGCAUAAUAUAAAAUUUUAAUAAAUAAAUCUCUUCUACAUGGAAUGCCCCAUCUGUCAUCUUUACUUCCAACAUUAUGUCUAAUUAAGAAUGAAGGAAUAAUUGAUUGGACUUGGACUUAACAUCUUUUUUUCUGAUUUUUCUUCAAGAACCCGAGACUACCAAGGAAGUACAAUUUAUUUGUUUCAGCUUCAAAAUACUGUUACGUUGUCUAUUUUAAAAGGUGUUUAAAUCCUCCAAAAUAGCCAAAAUACAAUAUUCGUUUAAUUCUCUGAUACUAAACAUUUUCAUUAAAAAUGUUUCAUUUUGAUUGACAUGAUUUCUUCUAAAGAAAUGUUUGAGAUUUGGGUGUAAUUGAGUACUUAAAGAUCUUGUAACUGAAGUUGCCAUUUAGUAAGUUACAUUCAGGAGAAAAUGAGAUUUUUAUGUCUUCAUUAUAAGAAGCAUGUGCUCAAUUGCAAUCGUGUUUUUUAAAAAAUAUUAUUAUUAUUACAGAUCUACAUGCUGUAUGUGUAAUACCUGUUAGUGGUAGCAGGACAGUUUAAGGUAAAAUACAUGAAAUAAUCAGUUCCCUGUAUAUCAUGUCCCAUGUUUUUAAAUAAGGGUGACAGUUGACCUUAAACUUUCUCAUAUACACAUUCUUUUAAACAUUUCUUGGUUUUGCCUUUUUCCCAUUUCUCAAUGAAAAGAUAAAAAUAGUUUGGCUAUACAAAAUUGUAAUGAGACUUACAUAUAUAAAUGUUUCUAUUUUUUAAAAAAAUCAAAAUUAUUUUACAUAGAAAGAUAGGAUAUCAGUAAAAUGCUAUGGUUAAACUUUGUCUUAGCAUAUUGGUGCUCUGUGCAUUUUGAAUGGAGGAAUAUUUGAGUUGCCACUGCAGUUUAAACUCAUAUCCUCUUAAAAGGCCAGUAUCACCUCUGAAUGUUUGUGUGUUCCAGGCAGUUGAUUUCUAAAGUAGUAGACUACCAAAAUCUACAUAGAUUAUCAGACAAAGGAAGCCCAAUAGGAAACAAGUUAGAACGUGCCCUGGAUUUCUUACUUGAAUUUGAAUUGAUCCUUGUAGAUUAUCCCAGUUCUAAAGAACAAAUGGACUAAUCAGCAAUCAGUAAAAUAGAAUGUAUCUCUUAACCAUGAAUAUCAUCUCUAAGUUUUAGGAUUAUUCUCAAAUGUUGACUUUUGAAAUUUAUUUCUCAGCCAUAAAACCUUUGCAUUAUAACAUGUCCUUUCUGUUAAUAGUUAUUGUACCAUAGCAUUUUGUCAUCCAUAUUUAAUUUCAAAAUGUGCCCACAGGGAGGAACCAUCAGUUGUAUACAUUGUCCUAAUAAGUUAUUUUGUAUAGCUCACAUGUGAUUCAUUGACAUUAUAUGAAUUGUGGCCCUGUCAUAUUAUACCCUUUAAAGCAUCCACAGAAUUUAUUGUGUUAUUGCUGCAGAUAAUUAGCCACACACAUCCCAGCCUGAGAAUGCUAUGACUAGCCUCUGAAAAAAAAAUGUGCCAUUGUCCAACAAAUGCACUUAUUUAGCCUUAAUUUAAAGAGAAUGGAUGGUAAGGUUGAAAAUUUCAUACAGUUCAUCCUCAAGCUUCUGCCUCUGGUGUUGCUACAACUAAACAAUUUUAAUGCUACCAGAAAGUGUAAUAAUUUUUAAAAAUAAAAUAUGAACUCCACUCUCAAUUCUAAUUUUAGUGCAAUAUUUUCAUGUAACGCAUGUGUAUUUGAAUAAUUGUAAAAAAAGAAGACAUUUUUAAGGUUUUGAGAUCAAAGGUAAACUAUCUUAACUAACAAUGUAUAAUAUUCUGUUAUUGCUGCUGUGUUGGCUUAUCUAAGGACUUGUUUUAAAAGUCUGGUUUGUCACUCCUUGUAAAUCUUCUCUGUGCUCAAAUGAGCAUGGUUCUUACUUCGCAAGGAGCAAAAUCUAAAGAGCACAUCAACAUGUAGAUGUUAUAUAAGUGACAUGUGCAUAUAAUUGUACAGUAUGUGUCAACUGCGUGCCUAAUGGUUCUAUCAAUAUGCUUUUCUUUAACAAAGAAUGGGGAAAAUGGAAUGCCGUGGUCUCUCUUGUUCUGAACAGCUGAAAACUCUAAAUUUUUAUUUGGAGUUUCCAUUAUGUUUGUCCAAUGAAGGAGCUUGGAAAAAAGUACACUAAUAAAACAUUAAC